UAACGAGUUUAAUUGAAGAAAAAUACACCUUAUGCGCCGAUCAGAUGAAAAGAAUUUUCAAAGAAAUAGAGAACUUUUCCCUCACGUGCGAUGGGGUUACUUUAACCAAUUCGACCAGAGCUUUUUUAACAGUCACUGUUCAUUUUUUGAAAGACCAAAUUCUUCAAUCAAUCUGUUUGCAAGCUGUCAGAAUGAAUGAGGUAGUACAUAGUUUAAUUCUAUUGUUUGCGUUCUAUUAUGUGUUCGUUUGAUCUGUGUGCUUUACCUUAAAUGCUUCGUACUACGUCCAAUUUAUAUUAACACUUAUUUAUUAUAUGUUUUUUUUCAGAUCCAGUUUAUUUUGUGUAUUUAUUAUAUCCGGUAUUUGUAAUUACUAUCAACAUUCGUAUGUCAGUCUGUUUUGUAGACUUUGUUUCAUACACUCUGUUUUACACAAUCAAUAUUAUAAAAUAUUUGAUUAUGGUUCUCAAUGAAUACCGGGUAUCCAUAUAGUCGGCACGCUCGACUAUCACUGUUUAUACUUGUUUUAACAUGAAUUUUCCUUAUUCAAUCCAGCCGCAUACUGGCGAGUAUAUUUGCACGCUUCUGCAGAAUACUUGUAAAGAGUUCGGCAUCGAGGAGUUUAAGCUAGAAACUCUAACAACUGACAAUGCCAAAAACAUGAAGGCAGCUUCAAAUUUACUUCUCGGUGUUGGCCACCAUGUGCCUUGUUUUGCACAUACUAUUAAUUUAGUAGUAGACAAUACGGUUAAGGAUAUUAAGUGCUUCUCGACCGUUUUAGAUAAAGUAAAGCGUAUUGUCACCUAUUUUAAACACAGCCCAGCAGCCAUGGAUGUUUUAAGAAAGCUUCAAUCUGAUGAAGGCGUUCCAGAAGGAUGCAUUAGAACUUUAACUCAAAACAUAGACACCAGGUGGAACUCUUGUCUAGAUAUGCUGAUUUCAUUUAUAGAUUUAGAAAAUACUGUUGCCAUCGCACUUAUAAACCGAUCUAAGUCCACCAAAAUCCUGCCAGAAAUGCUAUCGACAUCAGAGCUUGACAUAUGCCGUGAUUUUUGCGAGCUUUUAAAACCUUUUAAAGAGGCGACUGAAAGAGUUAGUGGUGAAUCUUACGUCACGGUCAGCUUAGUUGUUCCGAUGAUUUCAAUGUCGCUAGCAAAAAUACGAAAGACAAUAGUGCAGUCGGCAGAUGGCAUGUUUAUGAAGGAUGUUCUUAUGCAAAAAGCAGAUGACUACUUAACCGGUUUGAGCAAAAACAAAAUUUUGAUUAAAGCUUCGCUAUUGGAUCCGCGCUUCAAGAAAAUGUACAUUCCUCCCACAAUGGUGUUGGAAGCCUCAAAGAACAUUCUAGAAGAAAUGCAGCUUAAUAGCGAAGGAAAGAGACGCUCGUCAAACUUGCAACCGCCGGAAGAAUUGCAUAUAGCACAAGUCGAUCGCCAAGAAAGUUUUUUUGAGGCUCACAAUCGGAGCAUUCAGCAAACCCAAAGUUCAGACAGCCCCUACAAAAAGGAAUUCCACUUAUAUAUUUCUUUGCCAAACAGUAAUUGGGAAGCUGAGCCAAUACAGUAUUGGACUUCGCAACAGCAGACCAUGCCACAUUUGGCUAAGUUGGCACUACGCUAUCUGAUAAUACCCGGUAGCUCAGUAUCCUCAGAAAGGAUGGCUUCGGCAAUUAAAUGUGUAGUGUGCGACUCACGCAGCCGUAUGACUGAUCGGCACGUAACACAGCGUGUAUUUUUAAAGUCACUGGCGAAACAAUAUUGGAAAUAACUUUAGCUUUAACUUACGUAAACUUACAGUAUCUUUGUAUCAGUAUCAUUGCUUUAAGUAAUAAAACUUUAAUAUGAA